AUGGGUGCCUACAAGUACCUUGAAGAGCUGUACAAGAAGAAGCAGAGCGAUGUACUCCGCUUCCUGUUGCGCGUCCGUUGCUGGGAGUACCGUCAAUUGAAUGUGGUCCACCGUGCAUCGCGUCCAUCGCGUCCAGACAAGGCGCGCCGUCUUGGUUACAAGUCGAAGCAGGGCUACGUUAUCUACCGUGUGCGUGUGCGCCGUGGUAACCGUAAGAAGCAUGCUCCGAAGGGUGCUACCUACGGUAAGCCAGUUCACCAGGGUGUGAACAAGCUCAAGCCACAGCGCUCGCUGCGCGCUCUUGCCGAAGAGCGCGUGGGCCGCAAGGUAUCGAACCUUCGCGUUUUGAACUCGUACUGGGUGAACCAGGAUGGUGUUUACAAGUACUUUGAGGUUAUUUGCGUUGACCCGCACCACAAGGCGAUUCGCCGCGAUGCCCGGAUCAACUGGAUUGUCGACGCUGUCCACAAGCACCGUGAAUGUCGCGGUCUCACAGGCGCUGGCAAGAAGAGCCGUGGUAUUGGCAAGGGUCACCGCUUCAACAACACAAUUGGCGGUGGUCGCAGUGCCGCGUACCGCAAGAGGCAGACACUCCAGCUGCGUCGCUACCGUUAA